GCAGGGGCUGCCGCGGCUCCGGGAGGAGGCCCUGACAGGCAGGGAUUGGUAAAACGCUGCUUACCAGACUUAGGUUUCCUGUAAAGGAUUUUGACAGGAGGCCUUGCAAGCGGCGCUUAUAGAAAUCCCCAGGGAUUAAUUUUUUAUUAAAAGAUGGGAAAACAAGUAGGGAUAAACGGGUUUCUCAGCAAAGGCGGGAAGUGUCACCAAGCGGGUGCCAGAGGCUUCUCUGGUGUGAUCUGUUGGUCGGUGCGAGUGUCCCGAGAGAGGAGACGGAGGGCAAGGAUGAGAAAUCGCAGACAGAAGCAGAUUUAAGAAUGAUAAUAAAGAAAAAGAGAAAAGAAUUUCAUGAGGAACCUAUACAGAAGAAGAAAAAUGUGAAGACUGUCAUUAAAAUUGAGGAAGAUGUUCCAACUGCCAUUAAAAUCAAGGACAGUGGCAGGCUUGAGACAAAAACAAAGAUAAGGAAAAAGGUACAGUUUAAAGAUGAAUGUUUAGACCAAUUACAACCAAAGAACAAGAAGAAGAAAAAUAAGAAAAAGAAAGUUGGCUCCGAAUUACUCAAAGAAGCACAUUCAGAAAGCUUUGUGAUUGUAAAAGGUCAUCUGGAUUCAGAACUUCAGGAGGAAUCAGAGGAACAAAUUAAAAUUCUCAAAAAGAAGAAAAAAAAAGUCCCAUGUCAUUCAUCCUUAGAGGAUGAUAUUAAGAAAACUGAAUUUUCUUUUAAAAAAACCAAAAAGGAUAGUGCUUUGAAUUUGGAACUGGAUGGUGAGGUAACAAAGAAAAAAAAGAAGAAAGGCAGUUCUUCUUUUUCAUUAGAGGACAUCCAGAACAGUGAACAAAAGCAGUCUGAAAGAGUUUGUAAAAAGCUCCACAAAUACAUUUCACAAGAAGUAGCUUUUACAGGUGAAAACCAUGACACACAUAAUGUCCAGAAUGUUGGGGAGAGUUGUAUGAGAAAAAAGAAGAGGAAGAAGAAGGAUAAGUCUGACUCCUUUUUACCACUAGUAGAUAAUGAGGACAACAUAUCUGGAGUUCCUGGUAGGCCCAUUGCAUUAAGUGACUUCAGAAAAAGGAAGAAGCAGAAUUCCUGGGAAAUUACAUUGACAAACAGGGAGGAAGAGGACACAACUGAGGACUCUGGGAGUAUCAAAGAGACUAAGAAGAACAAGAACAGAAGCAAAUGUGUUUCUUCCUUAACAUGUGAGGAUCAGCUAGACUGCAAUCACAGCAUUCCUGAUAAGUAUCUCUCGGCACAGCAAGAAGAAAAGCUGUCUGGAAAAAAGAGCAGGAAGAAUUUCAAGGCUAGUAAUGAAGUCACCAAGAAGAAAAAGAAAAAAAAGAUUCACAAAGAGGAGGAGGAAACAACAUAUUCAAAAGUUGCUUUAAACAAUGAUAGUGCCUCUAAAAACCAAAAAAUAAGACUACCAGAAAGAAAUAAAAAGAACAAAGAGAGUGAAAUGGAGCGAGCUGAGCGUGUAGCAGAGAAUGCUGUAGAUGGGGCAUUAUGCAGUAGUAAUCACAUGCUCUGUGACAGGAAAGGGAAAAAAAGAAAAGAAGUCCCACCACAGGACUUGGCUGAACAACCAGGUUCAGAAGCAAAUACAAAAAAGACAAAGAUCAUUACAGAAGACACAGGGAAUGAGUCGCUGGAACAUCUAGAUGGUGUAAUUAUUGUGCAGGAAAAAAAAGGAAACUGUGAUGAAGUUAACAUAGACAAGGUGAGGCGGCAGGCUCUGCAAGAAGAAAUCGAUAGAGAAUCUGGCAAAACAAAGGUUUUCAGUCCCAAAGUGGGACAGGAUACAAAGUUUGGACAGUGGAGUACAGCUGCUUUUAAAAGUUCUGAGGAAGAAAUGAAGUUUUUCAGACUGAUGGGUGGCUUUAAAAAGGGCUCUGGGCCUAUCCAAAAUCUCUCAGCAACUACAAACAAACCGAACAUGGCUCUGAACAGGGAAGGGCAGGAGAAGUUACAGCAGGCUCUGAAGAUGGAGUUUGAUAAAGCAAUGGACUUGAAGCAACAUAGAGGAAUUGGUCUUGGAUUUCAACCUAUUGCCAACAAAAGAGGAUACAUAGACAAAUAUACAUCUAGAUCUAUAAAAUUUGAAGAUUAAAACUCUGAAGUAAUAAAAAGAAUGAAAAUUCAGCAGGCAAUUUUUUUUUUUACUUUCCAGAUCUUUUUACUU